AUGAAGAUCGUCCCUCUCCCUACACCGGUGGAAGUCAACCAGCCCACCACCAUCCGAUCAACGGUAACACCAACAUUCGGCGGCGCCCCAUGUCGUCGCUGUCUCAAAAAUGCGGCCCUGAACGAAGACGUCCUGCUCGUAUCGUACAAUCCGUUCCUCCCCGAGAACCGUGAUACGCCAUAUAGUGGUCCGGGACCAAUAUUCGUGCAUGCAGACGAGUGUCCCUGGUACGAUGGCACUCAAGAUAACGAACUCGGCAUUCCGGCAAGGUACCAUGCUCGAUCACUCACGGCAAGGGCCUAUGACGCUGGAAACAUGAUGGUCUGGAGCAAAGUGGUGGAGGGAGCGAAGUUGAUGGAAACGUUGAAGACGGAAGUGUUUGGGGACCCUGAGCUGGAGGCAGAAUAUGUACAUGUCCAUUUCACGGGUCCAGGAUGUUUUGCUUUUAAGGUCGUUCCAUGA